AUGGCCUUACGAACUGCACUUUUUUGCUUUUCUGCGCUCUUAGUACAAAAAGUCCACAGUCAGUGCUUAGGUCGUGGAGCAGCCGGGCCGUAUCCCCCUUACGGCCCCGGCUGGGGGGCUUAUGAUGCCGUAGGAUACGACGGGUACGCUCCGGGAGGAUUCAUAGGCCUUGCCCCCGGAAACCUGGCGGCGUCCUGUGGCGGAGGUCUCGCUGUAACCAGUACAUCACCAAUAACUCCCACCGGUCUCACGGUGAAUUCGGAAAACUCCAUCGAAGGCACCGUCACGAUAGUCGGUCAGCUACCAUUCUUGGGUGCCGUUGCUACUGAUGGAGUAUUCUCGUCCGCUGGCGGCGGGACGGUCGUGUACGGAUGCGGUGAUGGUGCGAUCGGCAUUACCAACGAAAUGCCUAUAUCGGCGCCUAUUGUGGGUCCAGGCUAUGGUCCAGUCGGCAGACCUUACCCUGGAUUCAAGGGAAUAGGGCCUUGUUAA